GCAUUCUCUGUUAGCUGCUUUCCUUUGCAGCCUCACUCUGAACCUGGUCUGGAGUGCUGGACGUUUCAGGGUCAUGGGGCUUUUAGAUGUUUUCCUCCAGGCCUCCUCCACCUCUUGGUUGGUAGCUCUGGCUGUCCUGCUGCUGGUCUAUUUCAUUUCCUCCAGCUUUAGUUCUGGAAAACAUGGGAAGGAGCCGCCCGGACCGAGACCACUUCCUGUGAUUGGAAACCUCCUGCAGAUUGACCUGAGCAGACCGUACCACACAUUCCAGGAGUUUUCUAAGAAGUAUGGAUCAGUCUUCACUGUGUAUCUUGGGCCCAAAAAAGUGGUGGUUCUGACCGGAUACCAGACGGUGAAGGAGGCUCUGGUUCAGCACGACGAGGAGUUUGGAGACCGGGAUUCGUUUCCGAUUUUACAUGACUUCAACAAAGGGCAUGGGGUCUUAUGGUCGAACGGUGACUCUUGGAGAGAAAUGCGACGCUUUGCUUUGACAAACCUCAGGGACUUUGGGAUGGGCAAGAAGGCGUGUGAAGACAAAAUAAUAGAGGAGUGUCAGCAUCUCAUUGAGGUUUUUAAGAAUUUCAAAGGAAAACCUUUUGACACAAUGCAGCCAACCAACUACGCCGUCUCCAACAUCAUCUGCUCCAUGGUGUACGGCAGCAGAUUCGAAUACAGUGACCCAGAGUUCACAUCAAUGGUGGAUCGAACCAACAGGAACGUUCUGCUCAGCGGUUCUCCGUCCAUUCAGCUUUACAACAUGUUUCCACGCCUCUUUAAAUGGGUCACAAAGAGGAAGGAGUUCACAGAAAUGGCUGUAGCCAAUCAGAAGCAGAACUUCGCCCUCUUCAGGCGGUUAAAGGAGACGCUGAACCCGGACAUGUGCAGAGGUUUUGUGGACGCCUUUCUGGUUCGCAAGCAGAACCUGGAGGCGUCUGGAAAUAAAAACAGCCACUUCCACAAUGAGAACCUGUUAAUGACGGUCACAAACUUAUUCAACGCCGGGACUGAAACAACAUCCACCACUCUGAGAUGGGGGCUUCUCCUCAUGGCCAAAUAUCCAAAGAUACAAGACCGGGUCCAGGAGGAGCUGAGGAGGGCGAUAGGAGAUCGGCAGGUUCAGGUUUCAGACAGGAAGAGUCUGCCGUUCACCGACGCCGUGAUCCAUGAAACACAAAGACUGGCCAGCAUCGUUCCCACUGCGCUGCCUCACAGAACCAGCAGAGACACCAUGUUCCAGGGUUACUUCAUCAAGAAGGGAACCACAGUCUAUCCCCUCCUGACCUCCGUCCUGCAUGAUCCCAGUGAGUGGGAGAAACCCCACAGCUUUCAUCCUGCUCACUUUCUGGACAAAGAUGGCAAAUUUGUAAAGCGUGACGCCUUCCUGCCGUUUUCUGCCGGUCGCAGGAUCUGCCUGGGAGAGAGUUUAGCCAGGAUGGAGCUGUUCAUCUUCUUCACCACCCUGCUGCAGCGCUUCCGCUUCACUCCAGCACCGGGAGUUAGAGAAGACGACCUGGACCUGACGCCACGCGGAGGCAUCACUCUCAGCCCUACGACUCAUCAGCUGUGUGCUGUUUCUCAGAUGUGAAGAACAAUCAACAGUUCAUGCAAAGCUUUAACUUUUGAAUCUUUAUGUCAGAGAGUGAAAAACUAUAUUUGUGAAACAGAAAUUGUUCAUGCAAUAAGUCUGAAGAAAAAAAAAAGUUAAAUGUUUUGACAUGUGGCUAAACUAAGAUUAUCCCAUAAUCUGAUAAACCAGCAACAGAUUAGAACCACAAAGAAUAAAAAUGAUGAAAAAUUUGUAAGGUGUGGCAGGAAUUUCUUAACCAUAAAGUAAUUAUGUUGUCUACCAGAAGCAAUAAAAUGAUCAUUGAGUCAACUCUC